UUCCCCAGCGCCCGAUUUCCGCUUCCGGUCUUCGGAACGGUCCGCGGUAGCUAUGGAGGAACCGGAGAUGCAGCUCAAGGGAAAGAAAGUCACAGACAAGUUCACUGAGAGCGUCUAUGUCCUGGCCAACGAGCCGUCCGUGGCCCUAUACCGGCUGCAGGAGCAUGUGCGCCGCUCUUUGCCCGAGCUGGCCCAGCAUAAGGCCGACAUGCAACGGUGGGAGGAGCAGAGCCAGGGAGCCAUUUACACAGUGGAGUAUGCCUGCAGCGCCGUGAAGAACCUGGUGGACAGCAGCCUCUACUUCCGCAGCGUGGAGGGUCUUCUCAAACAGGCCAUCAGCAUCCGGGACCACAUGAACGCCACUGCGCAGGGCCACAGCCCUGAGGAACCACCCCUGCCCUCCUCAGCCUGAUCCCAGAAGAGACUUGGAGGUGCUUCAGCCCCUCUGACUCAGACCACAGGCCCUGUCUCCACCCCACGUCACACCUGCCAAGACAGAAAGGGGUUCCCAUGUUUCUCCUAGCCUGCCACAUGCCAGCUGUCUGCUUUACUCACGCUGUUCUCUCAGGCAGAGCCCAGCAUGGCCGGUACCCACCCAGCUCAGGAAUCUCUGCUCCACUGCCGACCUGCUGUGUGACCCUGAGGAGGUCCCUCCCUUCUCUGGUCUCUGCUGUUCCCUUCUGUCAGAGUGGUUCAUCAGGCAGCAGAGGGCGCUGCUGCCCAGUGCCGUGUGUUGUAGCCGUCAGCUGCUGCUGCGUGACAAGCUAUCCCAGAGCUUAGCGGCCGACACACCAGUCAUCUGGCUGCUCACAGUUCUGCAGCGUGGGCUGGGUCUGCUGGGCAGUUUGGUGGGGCUUAGCCAGAGGCCACCAUCUGGCACUCUCAGAGUUCGAUGGGGCUGCCCAGUCAGAGGUGGCCUUGCUCACACGUCUGAACGUUGGCCAGUGCUAUCAGCUGCUGGGCCUCCAGUUCUCCUGUGCCCAGCCUCCCUGGCAGGCCUGCCCAGGCUUCUCUGGAGACCAGGUGCCAAGAGGGCAGCCCCAGCGUACCUGUGUUCAUCCAGCAUCUUCUUGCUUCCCCUUGUGAAUGUCCCAUUGGUCAAGGCCAGCUGCAUGCUAUUCUUUGCCCAUGGAGGACAGACCCUGGCAGAUGGGAGGCCUCUGAGGGACUUUCUAGCCCUCAACUCUUGUAUCUCUUAAAGCCCUGCUCAUUUGCUAGCCACGGUGAUGGCACACUGGGCUUCAGAGGCCCUCUCGGAGGGUUGGGGAGGCAUGGGUGCAACGGGGCCUUCCCAGCCCCCAAGCAACAGCCCCUUCCCAGACCUAAGAGGCAGCAGAGCUCAAGCCUGUGCAGUCAGAGUACUCAAUGAACGCCUGCUGUGUGCCAGGUUUAGCUCUCUGUCUGGGGGUACUGAGGACUUCUGCAGGCUGUGGGAUCACCUAGGGGGCAUCUGGGAGGGCCUGGAGCCGGAGGGGCUGCCCAGAGUUGCCCGCCAGCCCUGGGUUCACACAUCACCUUCUCUCUCCCCUCCCAUCUCUUUGCCCCGGUGUCCCUCCCCCACCAUCCAGCCUCAAGGCUACUGCCCUUCCGACAGCCCGUGUCACCUGCCAUCCCUCUGCUGCUGCAGACCUUUCUGAAUAAAAUGCUCUGUGGCUCCUCCUGA